CCAGGAGAUCCUGAAGAAGAUUUUCAGCUUCAUAGAAUUUCCAGAGGCUUUGAAGGCCAAGUGUUUGGUGCUCUGCCACAGCAGCACCGAGAGAAGUGUGGACACCAUGCGGGACGUGGUUUCCACGCACAUAGACAUCCUGCAACGCUCUCCUGCGUCGAAGGCCAAGGAGAAGGACCCUCGCAACGGCAAGGAGACUGGGAAGGACAGCUCGGGCAGCAGCGGCGACGAGGAUCAGAAGAAGCAGAGACAGAAGAAGGACAAGGGCUCCCAGGAGGGCGAGGAUCAUCGAGGCCAGCUGUGGGUCCUGCUGGAUCUGCGGACCGACCACCUCGUGACCUCCGGCGACUCGCCUGACGUGAACAGCAAGCUGUCGGAGGUGGUGGAGAAGAUGAAGCGGCUCGGCAGCGGCCGGAGAACGGGCAUGCAGGCCAAGGAGCAACUGCUGCUGUCCCCCUACUUCCCCAACCACUCGCUGCUGCUGCUGAAGUACGCCUCGCACCGGGACGAGCGGAGAGGCG